AUGCAAGAACGAACUCUUGCCCGCAAUGCAGUAGAUGGCGCGAUACUAUUUUUCAUAUAUUCACAGGCAUUAUCAUGGGCAAAUAAUAAUUGUGACAAUGUUUUGAAUGUUUAUUGUUUUGAUCCAAGAGAAAUAACAGCUGGAACAUACAAAUAUGAUUUUCCCAAAUGUGGUAUACAUCGUUUGAAAUUUUUAAUCGAAACAGUAAUAUGUUUAAAAACUUUAUUAGAAGAAAAAGGAAGUAAUUUAUUCGUUCAACGAGAAAUUCCCGAAAUAGUGAUUUUAAAUCUUGUACAAAAAUUUAAACAACAUUAUUCUAUAACUAUUAUUUUUCAUCAAGAAGUAACACGAGAAGAAACAGAUGUUGAAGCAGCAAUUAGAAAAGUGGCAAUUGAACAUAAAGUUAAUGUUAAAGAAUUUUGGGGUUUGACACUUUUUCAUCCAAAUGAUUUGCCCUAUACAAGUCCAAAAUUUUUUCCCGAUGUAUAUACAACAUUUCGAACAAUGCUUGAAACAAAAAAUAUUCGCGUGCGUAAGUUGAUUGAUUGUUCACAACAACUUAAACCAUUGCCCGAUAAUAUUGAAAUUCUACAAGUGCCAAAUUUAUCGGAUUUUGGUCAUUCUGUUGCAGAAAUACAUGCAAAAACUGUUUUUCCAUUUUCGGGUGGUGAAACAUCCGCAUUGAAUCGUUUACAAUCGUAUGUUUGGACAAAAGAUCUUGUACAAUCGUAUAAAAAGACAAGAAAUAGUUUGGUAAAUGUAGAUCAUACGACAAAAUUUUCAGCAUGGUUAAGCAAUGGAUCAUUAUCACCACGAAAAAUCUAUUUUGAAAUAAAACGUUAUGAGAAAGAAUGUGGAAUAAAUGAUGCUGGUUAUUGGAUUAUUUUUGAAAUUAUUUGGCGUGAUUUUUUUCGUUUUAUUGCCACAAAAUAUGGGAAUCGAAUUUUUUAUCCAUCUGGUUUAUCAAACAAAAAAUAUGUAUGGAAACAAGAUGUCAAUUUAUUUGAGAAAUGGAGAACUGGACACACAGGUUGUCCGUUUGUUGAUGCUAAUAUGCGUGAAAUGUUAUUAACGGGAUGGCAAUCGAAUCGAGGACGUCAGAACGUUGCCAGUUAUUUAACAAAAGAUCUUCAACUAGAUUGGCAAUAUGGCGCUGAAUGGUUUGAGUCGAUAUUAAUUGAUUACGAUGUAUGUAGCAAUUAUGGCAAUUGGAUUUAUCAGGCAGGCGUGGGCAAUGAUCCACGAGAGUAUCGUCAUUUUAAUAUGAUUAAACAAGCGUUCGAUUAUGAUCCAGAGGGUGAAUUUGUUCGUACAUGGAUUCCUGAAUUAGCUAAAUUACCAAAUGAUUUAAUUCAUACGCCUUGGCUAGCAUCAUCAAUUGAAUUAAAACAAGCAAAUGUUGAACUUGGAGUAACAUAUCCUCGACCAAUUAUGAUUGUACCACAAUGGAAUAACAGAGUUCGUUCAAAUGUAAAUUAUAUUUGUUUUAUUAUUUUAGGAUAA